UCAUGCCAUAACCUCAAAAAUACGUAAACAGUAUCAUGCGACCUGCUGUAAAAGGGGUUCCCCAGCUUCUCAACGUUGAUCGUCAACCAAGUAAACCAAAGAAGCGUAGAAAAAUCACUUUAGUUUUUGAUGAAGAAAAAAGAAAGGACUUUCUGGGGGGAUUUCACAAGAGGAAGCUACAGAGAAGACAGAAGGCUCAGGAAGAGCUGAAGGAGAAGUUGAAACAGGAGAGGAAACGAAUCAAGCAAGAGGCUCGCGAACGGUUCAAAACACUUGUAUCUCAACGAGACGUCCCAGAACUUGAAGAACUCCUUCAGCAACAGGAAUAUGAAGUAGAUGGCAAGACAGUCAGUAUCUUAGAGCUAAACGUCAACGAUUUAGCUCAGGGCUCCAACUGGAUCGGCGAAAAUAAGCCUAAAUACGAAGAAGCGUGUAAAGCUGAGUCUACAGAUGGAGAAAGCGAAGAGGAAGAAGGUAUCCCUGGAAUGGAAUUGAAGCCCAAAAAGCCCAAGACUUCCAAGGAAGAUCAAGAAACAAAACCCCAAUUAUCAAAAAAAUCUAUAACUAAAGCUCGGCAGAAGGAAACAUUGAAACAGACGAGUAAAAGUAAAAUAUUCCAGUUGAAGGAGAGAUUAGAUCGUCAAAAGAAUAGAAAAUUAGCGAAAAGAGCACAGAUUAAACAUGAAAAAGCUAUUAAAAAGGCCAAGGGGAAGACUAAGAAGAAAUUGAUGAAGAAAAAGCCUUGAAAACAACAUUGGCAAUUUAUUUUAUUAAUUAAAUUCUUUUGUAAUUAAA